AGUUUCUAAAAGCACAUGAUUUGUGAUGGCUUGUAGCCAUGUUUGGUAUAAUAGCAGAACAAAGGCCAUGCUCUGAUUUUCCCUGGACCUUCCCUACUAACGUCUGACAAGAAGAAUUUUUUCGUUAUGACUCAGAAUAGGGGGACGUACAACUUACAGUACAAGAGUUACACUCUGGGCUUCUUGUUUCAGUGUUGCAGUCAUGGUGUUUGCUGUAGUGUUGCUGCUCCUCAAUGCACUGGGACAAAAUACAGGAAUCAAACUGGAUGGAAAUGGAUACACUGACAUUGUUGUAGCCAUCAACCCAGCUGUGCCUCAAAAUGAAGAGAUCAUAAACCAAAUCAAGGAAAUGGUUACAAGUGGAUCAGAAUAUCUGUUUCAAGCUUUAGACAACCUGGUGUUCUUUAAGGAGGUUAAAAUACUCGUACCACUCAACUGGAGCGGAACAUAUGAGCGAGCAAGAAGAGAAACCUAUGAUAAGGCCAAUGUAAUAAUUGAUUACCCAAACCCAGCAUAUGGUGAUGAGCCAUACACUAAACAGAUGAAAGGUUGUGGAGAGGAGAGUGAGCAUGUUCACUUCACCCCAAACUUCCUCUUAAAUGACGACCUUCUUAAUGCAUAUGGGCCUAGAGGAAGGGUUUUUGUGCAUGAAUGGGCUCACCUCAGAUGGGGAGUGUAUGAUGAAUAUAAUGAGAAAGAGCCAUUCUACAUGUUUGACAAGCAGGUCCAGGAGACAAGAUGCAUUGGGGAGAUAACUGGCCAGAGAUAUGAAGUGAUCAAUGGAAAAUAUUUUCGUUGUCGCUAUGAUGAAACUGGGUUACCCACGAAGGAAUGUCAGUUCUUUCCAGACAGAGAGCAACAAACAAGUGCCUCAAUAAUGUACAUGCAAAGCUUAGACUCUGUGACAGCAUUUUGUAGCGUAAUGGAACAUAUUGCUGAAGCCCCAAACAUGCAGAACAAGAAAUGUGACAACAAAGCUACACGUACAGUGAUUUUUCAAGAUUCUGUGGACAGUGAUGCCCUUCAGACUUUAACACCUCUGCAAUCCUCACCACCACCCCCAACAUUCAGGGUGAUCCAGAGACGACACAGAGUUGUCUGCCUUAUCCUUGAUGUUUCUGGAAGCAUGCAGGGUGAGAGAAUACUUCGACUGCUGCAAGCUGCUACGUUAUUUCUAAGUGAGAUUGUGGAGGAUGAAGCAUAUGUGGGCAUUGUCAAGUUUAGUACCAAUGCAGACAUUAUAAGCUCAUUGACUAAAGUAGAGGGUUCAGCCCCAAGAGACAGUUUAAUUAAUAAGUUGCCAAGAACUGUGGGUGGAUCAACAAACAUGUGUACUGGACUUAGACUUGGCUUUCAGGUCCUUCAGGAAGAUGAUCAAAGCACAGUAGGAGAUAAUGUGAUUUUUCUGACAGAUGGUGAAGCGACAGAUGAUAUUCAGAGUUGUUUACAGUCAGCUGUGGACAGUGGUGCCAUCAUCAACACUAUAGCACUUGGUCCGAGUGCCUCUAAAAUGCUGGAAACCAUGGCAGUUCUAACAGAUGGAAAGUUCUUCUUUGCUGAUCAGAGUUUGCUUUCCAAUCAACUUGUGGAUACCUUUUCUUCAUUUACAGUCUCGGAUGGAGAUCCCACCAAACAGACAAUUCAGCUCGAGAGCACUGGAAGGAUUAUUAAUGACUGGUUCAAUGGAACAGUGCCCAUAGACCGCACUGUAGGAAACAGCACCACCUUUACAAUAAUCUAUGAAAGAAGUGCACCCACAGUGUACAUACAGACGCCAAGUGGUUCAGUGUAUGAUCAGAAUGAUCAGACUCAUGUCACUCAUAAUGCAGCUGCAAAGACAGUUACUUUAAAUGUUCCUGGAACUGCAGAGCCUGGAGACUGGAAAUACAGCUUCCUCAACAAAGAAUCAACUGCUCAGACUAUGACUUUAACAGUAACAAGUCGGGCAGCACGUGAUGAUGUCCCCCCCAUAAUGGUUAAGACUGAUAUGAAGAAACCAACCAGGGAUGGCAGUAAACCCAUGGUAGUGUAUGCUGAGGUCAGUCAGAAUUACCUUCCUGUGCUGGGGGCCAAAGUCAUGGCCACCCUGGAGUCAGAUACUGGACAUACAGAAACAUUACACCUUUUGGAUAACGGAGCAGGAGCUGAUGCUUUUAAGGAUGAUGGCAUCUAUUCUAGAUAUUUCCCUAAAGCACAGAAUGGAAGGUACAGUCUGAAAGUGCAGGUCAUACACCAAGGUGGAGCCAUCAGUGGUUCCCCCAACAGAAACAGUGGUGCUCUGUAUGUCCCUGGAUAUAUUGUGGAUGGUGAAGUACAACUAAAUCCUGAGAAGCCCCCAGUAAAUGUGCAGCCGGCAGAUGUUGGCAGCUUCACUAGAACAGUCACUGGAGAGAGCUUUGUGGCGAGUGUGCCCUCAGGCGUAACCCCACCGAACUUCCCUCCCAACAAGAUCACAGAUCUGAGGGCUGAAAUCCAGGAGGACACAGUGCUUCUCAACUGGACGGCUCCUGGGGAGGACUUUGAUCAAGGAACAGCUGAAUCCUAUGAAAUUAGAUGGAGCGAACAUUUGGAGAUUCUUCAGAAAAACUUCAGCGAUGCUAAUCCAGUAAACACAUCAGUACUCCAACCACAAGAGGCAGGUUCAGACGAACAGUUUUCCUUCCUGUCUGAUGUCACAAUCCAAAAUGGGACCACUUUGUUCUUUGCUGUUCGGUCAGAGGACAAGGAGGCAAUGAAGUCUGAGGUAUCUAAUGUUGCUCAAGCAUCAAAGUUUGUACCGACUCCCAGACCACCAGCAAUUUCAAAACCAGGCCUGAACCUGACCGCUAUAGUGGUCUCAAUCUGUGUGGUAAUCAUUAUGGUAUGUCUUAUAGCUUUUGUAACCAAAUGGGCAAUGAAACGAAAGAAAGCUAGAGAAUUUGUACUCACUAAUACCUAAAUUACUGAUACCUAGCAAAUGACCAGAUUUAACAGAACAUUUCACCCAAAAGUGAUAUAAUAACAUACCAAUGUGCUAACCGGUCUUUUCAUGCUUUCAGUCAUUAUUAAGAAAAAUGGGCAUUUUUGGAUAGGUUUUCCGUACAGUACUGGUGUAUUUCCAAUUUCCUAAGGGAGAGCUUUUCUAUAAGCAACUGAUAGAAAUGGCAGACUUUACUGAAAGACCAUUUCUGCAAUCUGUACACAGGAGAAAUUGUGGGAUUAUGUUAUCCAUCCAAUAUAGUGUUAUGUAUUAUCCUGCUGGGGUCUUUAGUUCAACAAUGUGAGCCAGUGUAUUCAGUUUGAGCCAUUUCUAACGCAAUGCUGUUUCUUUUCUUUUUAACAAAUGACAGUGUUCUCCUAGUUUGUUCUUCGUAACAUACAUUCAUGUGAAACAAUGUAAACUUCAAAAAUCUGAAAAUAAACUAAUCAUAAAAUGUGUGAUAUAGCAAAUUGUAAUAAUACAAUCAGGAAGGAAAAAUGUGCCAUUAAUACAUGGUAGUGUCAAAAUUAAAAAAUGGAGAAUGUAUGCAAGCUUAAAAAAUAAAAUGUUUAGCCAAUGCAUAUAUUUAAUUGCAUUAAUAAUUCAUAUUCAUUUUGAGGGAUUCCAACUAUUAGACAAUCUUAGGCUCACUGCAAUUGAUUUUUUCCAUCAUGAAUGUCCUGAUUAAACUCAUGCAUAUGCUACAUAUAUUUACAGUAGCUUGCAUUUUUGCACACAUGUUAAAUUGCAUAUAGUCAGUUACCACCUUUUCCUCUAAACAUUCAAUUUCUGAUGGAAAACGCUUCUCUUUUAUUAACCAUACUGUGUAUCUGUCAUACCCGUUACUAGAGUUAUUAUUGUGUUUUAAUGCAUUUGUUACUAUUUCUGGAUCUUUGACUGGAUACUAUUUCUGGAUCUUUGAUUACUGUUGUUCAAGAAAGUUUAUAAUGCAUGCCCAGGUAACAUAUAUUAUAUGGAAAUACACAAAAUGUAUAGAUGUACCUAAAAGAGUGCCACACCUCAUAUGAAUAGCUGUUGAACAAAAUGAACUUUAAAAGUAAGGAUUUUCAGACCCAUCAUCAGGAGAUAAGAGCUGCAUACCAAUUUAAGCUAACAGUUCUCUGUACCAUGGACCACACAGCAUAAUCAGGCGUUAUAAAAUUAAGAUUAGUUUAGACUCCAAACCACCAGGAGUAAAAAUGAAUGAAUUGAAAAGACUGUGUAGGCAGUAGUGAAUAACGGAGCAGGAAGUUGUCAAGAAAGUUUACAGUCAUUGCCACUGGUGCAUUUUUUAAGAGGCCCACUAAACCAGUCGUAUAAUGACAAUGGAUUUGAAUGGACAGUACACUGAGGCUACAAAUAAUCCAACACAUCAACAUAAUUUCAGUGUUAGCGUGACAGGUUUUCAGCCUGUCAUCAAUUUUGGUAUGUCAACAGCAAAAAACAACUGAAGAAGACUUUAACAAGCUAAUGCGAAAGCAGUUUGUUGAGUUUAAAUCCAUUCUGUGGCUAACCUCAUUAGAUUUAGUUAGGUAGCUAGCAUAGCUAUGUUAGUUAGCUAACUCACUGGCAGUUGAAGACUUCAGUUCUUUAACUGAAAAAGAUAAAAGUAGUUUGUAGUCAUUACAAGGAAAAGUGUGCCUUUAACUAUGUUUAUAUUUCCUGCCUAUUUUUAUUGCCUACUGCAUUCUAUGUUUGCAGCUAAGUUACUUAUUCAGAUAUUCUUUUUCCACCUUACAUGUUGAAGCAGUUUCAUUCUGGCACAUGUACAGGUGCCAGAAUGUAACUGCCGCUCUACUUAAUGUGAAACGGGAAAGUCAAAGUCACUACUGACAAUAUUGGAAUAUGUUUGUCUGUAACUGUAUAUAUUCAUAUACCUCCCUGCACUGAAGUCUGUGCACACCACCAUAUCACUCUGUCAGGUUCUAGUACAAGGCAAGUAGCCCUCACUGUUGGAAGUCACAUUAAUAUGAAAUAUUAGUUAUCAGAUGUGACUACAACAUGAGACUGGAAGCUUGGAAGCUUGUAUAUGUGUGUAUGUUUGUGUCUGCUUAAAAUAAAUAAAAUAAUGUGUAUGCAAAUACA